AUGGAAUCGGACAGCGACGACGAUAUCUUCGAGGAACGCCGCGUUGCGAGGGAAAUGGUUGAUGUUCACGGUUUAAGCGGCUCCAUGGGGACUUGGCGACAGCAUCCCGACUUUGACACUAUGAUAUUGCAUUACUCUGCGAUUCAGGGCCACAGUUCUCCAUCCCUAGUGUCCGGUUUGACAUCGACGUCGUCACAGACGAUGCUUGCCUACUCUUCUAUCGCUUUACUCAACGGCAACUCCGUCGUCUACAAGCCUCGUUUGGGCUACCAGAAGUUAUCCGCACCGGAUCAAGCUCCCGUGCCUGUUGUACUGGACUCGAGGGUCUGUGCAUCACGCUUUAUCGUCUCUCCUAUCCAAGUAGAUUGUUUGAGUUGUCUAGCAUCUACGGACGGUGGCCUAGUGCCCUCAGCAGUAUUUUCUACUAUGAGUUUUGUCAAGCUGUAUAUGACCAAGGUGCUAAGCUGGAUAGUAUCUGGGGAUUCGUCGAUGGGACAGUACGAGGCAUUUGCAGACCAUCAGGAGCUCGAGCUCAAAGAAGCGUCUAUAAUGGACACAAGAGGAAACACGGGCUCAAAUUACAGACCGCCGUAACUUCUGACGGCAUAAUUUGGCAUCUAGAUGGACCAGUGGAGGGAAGACGGCACGACAUAGCGUUGCUACGAAAGUCUCAAUUAGAGGAGCGCAUCAGGGCUGACGAAAGAUUUCAGGGGUAUUUUAUUUACGGUGACCAGACUUACGGACGGACAGAUGUGUUCGUUUCACCUUUUAAAGGAUCUGCAUUGACACCAGCUCAAACCAAAAUCAACCCCUCAAUGGCGGUGGUACGGACCUCGGUAGAGUGGUCGUGUGGUCAAGUGACUAACUAUUGGGCGGGUGUGGAUUUCAAGCGCAAAAUGUACUUGGGUGGGGUUCCUGCAGCAACGCUUUACAAGACAGCAGUGGUUCUUACUAAUUGUAUCACUAUUCUCCGAGGGGGAAACAACAACAGUAGAUUUUUUGGAGUGGAACCUCCUUCACUGCACGAGUAUUUUUCACUUUAACAGUUUCAAUACACAUACGGCUUAGGUUU